AUGUGUAGAAACAUCCUAGAUGACAGUAUUUUGAAAAGCCAUGUGCGGAAAGUAUAUGUGAACACAAUUGAAGAGGACUGGGAGUCGGAGCCGGAAAACGGGGGCAAUUUUGACCAUGGCUAUGAGACGGAUGAUUAUGAGCCUUCCCUUGAGACAAAAGCCCAAAUGUCGCUAUUGACUCAAUUUCCGCUCCUAGAACACAUCACUUUGCGUUUUGAGAAGAAUUUCACUAAAGAGAGCGGCGGGUUCUAUAGUGAUUAUCCUCCCCAGAAUCUUGAAUUCCGCUUGGAAGUACUGCAAUGGUUUUUCUCGUCCUUGGUUGCUUCUUCAGUGCGCCCGCGAAGUUUGGCAUUUCGAAAUAUCCAUAGUAUUGCUUUGCAAGAUCCCGCCAUGCUAGACUUGCUUGCACAGAUGCUCCACGGCUUACGAGCACUCCGACUGAAUGUCUCGAAUCAAAGACAAAAUGGGGAUUAUGGCUAUGUUGUGGAUAACCCGCAUACCUUUGAGCAGCUUCCGUCGGACUGGCUUAGCCCGACUAAGUCCACUCUCGAGCACCUUACUUUGUACAGUAACCAGCCUUUUGGUUUAUUUCCGAAAUUGGACCUAUCCAGUAUCCACUUCCCCAGAUUGAAGUCGCUUGCACUAGGGCAAUACGAAUUCUUCCACGACGAUCAGCUAGAUUGGAUCAUCUCCCAUGGUCCUACGCUGCGGGAGCUGUACCUCGACAACUGCAUCAUUCUCCAUGCGAUCGUAUACUCUGAAUGGGAGCAAGGGCACCUUCAUCGUUACCAUCCAAGUGCAUUAAGCGGAAAAUGGGAUGAGGUGGAGCGCUCGCUCGACCCACGUACAACCCGCUAUAUUUAUACAACACGGUGGCAUGAUUACUUUGCCAUGUUCCGCACGGGGCUUCCGCUUCUACAACAUUUCCGCAUCGGUAAAAGCAUGUGGUGUCACGAGUUUCCGUUUGAGAAAGAGCGAGAAAUCGAGAUAGGCCUCUUCGAGGAUCGGUAUCUGACCUGGGACGGUGGCUUCCAUACAAGGUCCAGCGACUUUGAUAUACCCGAAGAGUUGGGUGAUAUCUCGUCCUGUGACGAAGAAGACAAAGAUGCGCUUUUGGCUCUCUUCCAGAAGAUUGGCCAGAACGUCCCAGAAAGAGAGGGCGGGCUAGUGUGUGAUGAGCAAGGAGUUUGGCAUUGA